CCUGGCCUGGAGGCGGCCCAUGUCUGGAUCUCCAUCCCCUUCUGCACCAUGUACAUCAUAGCCCUCUUGGGGAACUUCACCAUCCUGUUCAUUGUGAAGAUGGAGAGGAGUCUCCAUGUGCCCAUGUACUAUUUCCUCUGCAUGCUGGCCAUCACCGACCUAGCCCUGUGCACCUCGAUCCUUCCCAAAACACUCAGCAUCUUCUAGUUCAAUUCCAGAGAGAUACAUUUCAGUGCCUGCCUCGCCCAGAUGUACUUCCUUCACUGCUUCGCAGUGACAGAGUCUGGGAUCUUCGUGGCCAUGGCGUUGGAUCGCUACGUGGCCAUCUGUGAUCCCCUGAGACAUUCCACCAUCCUGACUAACCCCACGGUGGCCAAGAUUGGCCUAGCCAUGGUGCUGCGAGGAGGCGUCUUCGUAAUGCCCUAUGUCCUCCUAGCGAGAAGGUGGCCAUAUUGCAAUAACAAAAUCAUCCCCCACACACACUGUGAGCACAUGGCCGUGGUGAAGCUGGCUUGUGCUGACACCUAUAGCAGUAGUUACUACGGCCUCUUUGUGGUAUUCUCUGUAAUUGGUCUGGAUGUGCUUUUUAUUACCGUUUCCUAUGCCCAAAUCCUCAGGGCCAUCUUCAGCCUCCCGACUAAGUGCGUCCGGAUGAAGACUUUUGGUACCUGUGUCUCCCACCUUUGUGCCAUCUUAGCCUUUUACAUUUCCGCUCUCUUCUCCUCCCUCACGUAUCGGUUUGGCCACAAUGUGGCUGUGUAUUUCCACGUUUUCAUUGCUAACGCGUACCUCCUGGUGCCCCCCAUGCUGAACCCCAUCAUCUACGGGGUGAGGACCAAACAGAUCCGGGACAGGCUGCUGCAGCUAUUUUUCCAGAAAGGGACCUAA